AUGACUACCUUGCACUGUGAACCUUCCCCCGUCAAGCCCUCCGCCAUUGCGUUGGGUACAAUCUUCACCCACACUGCCUCCCUCGGCAUCUUGGCCCCUGUCUUCGGUGAUACCUACCACCGUGCCCAGGCCGCCAACUCAAAGGAGGAGUUCCUUAAGUCGAAGGAGGCUGCCGGUGCUGCCGCAGCCUGGGGAAGCUCCCUCGUUGGAAGCGCCGUCCAGACCUACGGUGUUGCAGCACUCAUCAAUGCCACCGGCACACUGAGCUACAAGGGUGCCGCGUACCUCGGAACACUUAUCUUCCUCGCCAGCUCCGCCCCCGGCGUCGUGAGCCAGGUCUUCUCCGAGAAGCGCCCUCUUGAUACCGUCGCUGUUGGUGCCGUCUCGCGAGUCUUUGAGACUGUCGGUCUCAGUUUGUUCCUCACCUGGUGGGGAACCCGCACUCACCCAUUCAACUAA